AUGGGCUUUUUCGGCGGCUCGAGCUCUGGCGACAAGUCCAGCAACUCCGAAUCCCCCUCAGCCGACUUCAAUCCCCCUUCGUCCCCGCUCUCCUCUCCUUCGCCAUUUGGGUCCUCAACUUCCACCAGCACAUCAACCGCUCUCCGCAACCGAAUCCAAUCCGACGUCACCGCCCGCCAGAACCUGCUGAAUGCUCGCAUCCUCAUGUCCAAAGUCAACGAGAACUGCUUUGAUCACUGCAUCCCAGCACCAGGAAAUACGCUGAGCUCGAAGGAGUCGCAGUGUCUGAGCAGCUGUAUGGAGAAGUACAUCGAUGCAUGGAACACGGUGUCUAGGACGUAUAUGGGAAGGAUACAACGGGAGGGAGGCGGUGGCCUGAUCGGAGGGCCGCAGUGA